GCCAGUGAUGUGAUGAAUCUCGGCCUGGGCGAUGGGGUCGAAUUCUGAUGGAUAUUUAGUGCCCUGCGCCUAUUGCAUCGCCUUGCUGGACUUCAUAUCCGCCAUGCUAUUCGCAAUUAUCUCAGGAGUGGUAUUUGCCAGGCAUGGUCAUUGGUCCGCCUUGCUAGCCCUGAUCUUCACCCUUUUCUGGAUGCUCAUAAUCAUAGUUCUUCUGGCGGGUAUCUAUAGACGGAAGCUGGGACUGAUACGAUUUUGGUUGGUGUUCACCUGCUUGGGCAUACUCCUAGAUGGAUUUAUACUGCUCUACGGCCUGACUUUGGCCAUAUCUGUGAACUGGGAGGGUGUCAAAAUCACAGUGCUGCCCUUCGUGGGACUGGCUGUGGAAAUGACUUUUGUCUAUAUCAUUUACCUACUGUAUCUGGACAUGAUUGAUUACAGUGCAUCAGAAUCGCCUUAUGAAGAGAAGUAUAGGGAAAGGAGUGGCUGUGAAGUGGAAUACGCUGAGGAGGAGGAAAAGCCACCACUGGAUCGCAAGGAUCUGAAACGCAUGGAAAAACAAGCCAAGGAGCGCAUGAAAAGGGAUAAAGCCGUGCUCAAAAAACUGCAGAAGCAAAUGCGAAAGUAAAGGAAUUUAAUAUUUAGAGCACUUCUUUUUAUAUUUUUAAAAUAAACAUUAAAAUGAGUGC